UAGUUUAUAACAAAACAGUUUAUAACAGUUUAUAAUAAAACACUAUAACAGUAAACUCGUUCUCGAUCUGCAAUUGUACGAUUUUUUGUCUUUUUUUUGGCCACUAACAUGCCUAUUCACGAAAUACUAUCAUAAUAGAGUAUUGUCGUUCAGCGAGGUCAUUGGAUUUUUUGUCCACUUCAUCUUUCAAAUGAGAGGAAGGGGGGAUUAACGCUCUGCCGUGUCAAAAUUUACGCGGGUGCGAUCAGUCCUCCGUCAUUCGUUUGUACAAACGAACCACACGCAAUGUACUCCGCCAAAGGAAGCAGUGCACUGUACGAUGGUGAAACGAAGAAGGAACGUAACGCCAUUUCGAUGGAGCCUCGCGCGGUGCGCUUGAUGAGCAGACGUUACAACCUGACAGCUACGGGCUUUAAGUUUCUGGAAAUUGGAAUCAAUGUUGGUCCACCGAGCUACGUAGAGAUCGCCCUAGGAGAUCAUCGAGGACAAGAGCUGAUAUUGUCUCUCGAAACAUGGAAAGGAUUCCAUGAGCAGCAAUGGAAUAUCUACAAAUUGCUACGAAACAAUUACAAAGACAAUUUUAUAAGUCGGACCGUUAACAGUCCGAGUUUGUAUGAUGAACAACGUUACACUCGUACGUCUUGAAUCUUCAAACGUACGCAUUAUGAUGGUCGAAUCGACGCUACGCCGUAUGUUUAAUCUCGCCGAAUGUAUUGAUAUAACGUUCACUCAACUAGACAGACUCGUUGAAACGAUCGAUGAAAAGUAUACGCGAUUCUCCAACAUUGCGUCUAUUAUAACAAAUCCCGAGGAGGUACCAUACGUGAUACGCGAUAGCGAUAUCUUCGAUAGGCAUCAACUCGUCGAUUGCGAAUUGUUAGCUUUAGUUUUUAGUAUGUAUGAAAAAAAGACGAUGUAACAAAA